AUGCAAGGUAUCUCGGCCAUCAUCUUGCCCCAAACAAUUGCCUCUGGGCCAUCGGCAGCCGUUCCAUCGAGAAGGCCUCGGAGUGCGCGUCAGAUAACGGAUUUCUGCCGACGGUUGAGGUCUACGGCAGCUACGACGCCGUGCUCGACGACACCAAUGUUGACGCCGUUUAUGUUCCUCUUCUGA